AUGCCUCGCCAGGACGAGCGUCAUGACGACGAGUCACAGCCUCUGACGGGAGGAGACGACCCUACCAGUCCCACGAGUCCCUACGAAGCUGGCCGGCCUUCAGCAUCAUCCGCAUCGACAACAUCGCUCGUUCUGGAUCACAUAUCAGACAAAGCGGCAAUGAAGGCCAAGGAAGCGCUGUACUCGGACGGUCCAACACGAGAGACCGAAGAGAUGGACAUGGAGGACCAUUUGGCAUGGCAGCGAUCGGUCAAGCCCGCGGACAAGAAAGCACGUCGCGUACUCUACAUCCUGGUCGCGAUUGGAAUUGUCGGGUGGAUAGCAGCACUGUUCAUGUUCGUUUCCCAGGACAGGCAUGUGCCUCAUUCUGCUCGUCCGCACGACCCACAUGCGACAAGCACAACCGGCAAUGGCAAGAAAGUGACUUUGGACCAGGUGCUGCGCGGAGAAUGGUCUGCGAGACAUCACUCUAUCCAGUGGGUUGAUGGUCCAGACGGAGAAGACGGAUUACUACUGGAGCGAGGUGGACAGGAUGGUCGCGACUACUUGGUGGUGGAAGACGUUAGAUACAGAGGCGAUGAACCGUCAGUGCAAAAGCAACACAGCAAGACACUCAUGAAGAAUGGAUACUUUUCAGUUGCUGGCGAGACGGUGACCGUUGACGAGGCAUGGCCAAGCCAGGACCACAAGCACGUUCUCGUUCAAAGCAACUACCAGAGUAAUUGGAGACACAGCAGCACCGGUCGCUACUGGAUCUUUCACGUUGACACCCAGGAGGCAGAGCCGCUUGAUCCUGGUGACAUCCAUACGAGAGUGCAACUAGCAUCAUGGAGCCCUAACAGUGACGCCGUUGUAUUCACAAGGAACAACAACAUGUUCAUUCGACACCUCGAUUCAGACAUCGUCAACAAGAUCACCACGGACGGCUCGAAGGAUCUCUUUUAUGGUAUCCCAGACUGGGUGUUCGAAGAAGAGGUGCUUGCUGAUGGCGGAGCUACUUGGUGGAGCGGAGAUGGCAAAUACGUUGCCUUCUUCCGAACCGACGAGAGCAAGGUUCCUACCUUCCCGGUGCAAUACUUCUUCAGCAGACCGAGUGGCAAGAUGCCUAACAAAGGCGAGGAGAACUAUCCCGAGGUUCGACACAUCAAAUAUCCCAAAGCUGGUGCGCCCAUGUCCGUGGUCAGCCUGAUGUUCUACGAUGUAAAGAAAGCUGAGGUCUUCACUGUCCCAAUCGAUGACGACUUCGAGGAUGACAAUCGGCUCAUUACCGAAGUCUUGUGGGCGGGCGAGACUGGGAAAGUGCUGAUUCGCUCCACCAACCGCGAGAGCGACAUCCUUAAGAUCAUCCUAAUCGACGCUGUUGCACGAACUGGCAAGACAGUACGAGAACGCGAUGUUCAGAAGCUGGACGGCGGCUGGUUCGAAGUAUCUCACACCACCAAGUUUGUGCCUAAGGACGUUGAGGGAGGACGGCCUCACGAUGGAUAUGUUGAUACCAUCAUCCACGAUAACUACGACCAUCUGGCAUACUUUACGCCACUCGAUAACCCCGAGCCCCAAAUGCUUACUUCUGGCGAGUGGGAAGUCGUCGAGGCGCCAUCAAGCAUCGACCUUAUGUCCAACGUUGUGUACUUCAUCGGCACCAAGGAUGGCAGUACUCAGCGGCAUCUCUACUCAGUUCCGCUCAGCAAUGGUCCAGAGGGCGUGAAAGCUGUGACAAAUACCAAGGAAGUCGGUUACUAUGGUGUCUCGUUCUCCACCGCAGGCCGAUUCAUGUUGCUGACGAACCAAGGACCUGAAAUUCCGUGGCAGAAGGUCAAGGCCAGCCCAACCAACUAUAAUUCGAACCUGGAAGUAGUCAUUGAAAAUAACGAGGCGCUCAACGAGCUUGCCAAGAAGACUGAGCUACCGAUUGAAAUCUACCAGACGAUCAACGUUGAUGGUUACGACUUGAACCUGGUAGAGCGCCGUCCACCCCACUUUGACGACAGCGGCAAGAAGAAGUACCCUGUACUGUUCUACCUUUACAAUGGCCCAGGCUUCCAGCACGUCGAUCGCAAGUUCAACGUUGACUUUCAGUCGUUCGUCGCAAGCAGCCUUGGGUAUGUCGUGGUGACCUUGGAUGGCCGCGGGACCGGCUACCUCGGUCGCAAGCACAGGACCAUCGUCCGUGGCAACAUCGGCUCCUGGGAAGCACACGAUCAAAUUGAAGCGGCGAAGAUGUGGGCCAAGAAGAAGUACGUGGACUCGGAGAAGAUGGGCAUCUGGGGAUGGAGCUACGGCGGCUUCAUGACCUUGAAGACUCUCGAGACGGACGCUGGCCAGACCUUCAAGUAUGGCAUGGCCGUUGCCCCUGUGACCGACUGGCGCUUCUAUGACUCGAUCUACACCGAACGGUACAUGCACACGCCACAGCACAACCCAGGUGGCUACGAGAAUUCCACCAUCUCCAACAUGCAGGGCCUGUCGGGCAAUGUGCGAUUCCUCGUCAUGCACGGUGUCAGCGAUGACAAUGUACACUUCCAAAACACCCUUCAACUGCUAGACAAGCUCGACCUGGCAAACGUCAAGAACUACGAUGUGCAUGUCUUCCCCGAUUCAGAUCAUGGUAUCUACUUCCACGGAGCAAACAACAUAGUCUACUCGAAACUGCGCGACUGGCUGAUCAACGCCUUCAAUGGCGAAUGGUUACGCACAGAAGACCCAACUCCGCUGGGCAUGUACGGCAUCUCGUGA